AUGUUCUACUUUUCCUUCUGCUGAGGCCCCAGAUUUUGUAUAUAAUUUAAGAAAGUACUACACAUUUAGAGGAAUCCUCUCACAAAAAAAACCAACAGAUGGCAGAGCUGUUUGCUUACAUGGGAUGGAGCAUUUGGUUUAAUAGGAAUGCAAAAAGGGUCGGGUCCACUUCCUUGCCAACGGAGAAAAUUUACAAUGAUGCCAUGGAAUGGCUGCAAGAGUAUAACUCGGUGCAAGAAGGCCCAAUACAACAAGACAUGGUAUCCCACUCAAACCAAUGGCGGCCACCCCCACCUUCAGCCUACAAAAUAAAUUUUGGAGCAACUUUCAUAGACACGGACUCGGCGGGAUUGGGAGUGGUAGCUCGUGAUUCAGAUGGCAUGGUUAUCGCCUCCCUUUCGAAAUGCAUCAGACUACCACCAAUGGCUGCAGACUUAGAAGCUCUGGCAUGCAGAAGGGCCAUCUUAUUCACACUCGAAAUUGGACUCCAAGAUGUGGUAUUCGAAGGCGAUUCAGAGGUUAUUAUCAACCACCUCAAAGCAGACCAGCCUUGUUUGACAGCAUUUGGUCAUAUAAUAGAGGAAGCCCGGGCACUAUCAGCUAAGCUAAGAGAGGCAUCUUACUCACACACAAGGCGCAAAGGUAAUAAAGUAGCAGAUAAGCUUGCAAAAUUAGCAAAAAACUUGUAUGAACCACAAGUGUGGAUGGAGGAUAUUCAUAGCAGUGCAUUGCAAUUUGUACUUCUUGACAGAGGCUUAAUGCCUGAUUAAUGAAAAGUUCAUUAUCGUUU